CUUCUUCUGCUCUAGAUUUUUGGCGUUCCGCUGCUCUCAACCAUGGGGGUUGCCUUGAGCCAGUGCGGUUUCCGGAUGGAGCAUUUCAGCCUAGGUGCCGUCGCCGACGUAGACAGUCAGGAGCUCAUGCUGGAAGUCCUAAGCACUGCGGCGGAUCAGUCGCAAGGUGCAAGGCCCAGUCGCCUCAAAGAAGCACAGAUGUUACAGGUCAUUUCCCUGAAGUCUCCAUCCGGACUUGAGCCCUUAGGUUUCAGGUACCGUGACGAGGUUCGUUCCCUUUGGCCCGACGAGUAUCGCUUUCAGGCGUCCAAACGCGCUUGGCAAGUGCAUUUGGCACAGGCAGACAGACCAGAGGGCUUCGUACUUCAAAUGGCCAGUCGAAAUCAGGAACGAACAGCUGACGCUGUGGCUCUUGACAUGGAGGACUCACUUAAAGUUUCCUCCUAUGCACAUCGCUUCAAUUUGUACAGUCGUGAACAUGCCCGCGAAGCCGGUUUUGUUGACCAUAUCCCCAAGAUCGAGGUCGCAGCCCCCGUGGCGUGCCGUGUGGUGAAGACCUAUCUUCCUGCCUUGCUGCCCGUUGGUGCUGUUUGCAUGUUGUUCCCAUACGCGGACAAAGAGGUGAAGAAAUUUGUCUUCGAUGGCACUGAAGACUUUCUAGAGCUCUCGCAGGCGUUCUUCCAUCAUGCUGCGUUCUCCUCUGGUGGUAAAGAAUUGCUCUGCGACCUCCAGGGUGUUGAAGAAGAAGAUGGCAGUCUUUUGCUGAUUGACCCGUGCAUCCUGCGCGGCAACAAGGUGACUGUUGGGAACCUUCUGAAGGGCGCCGUCCGCGAAGACAACUAUGGUGAGGCCGCCUGCCUGGGGCCCGUGGUGUCUCCUGCCCUGCAAAAAUUUGAUGUCCUGCAUCCCAAGUGCGCACCCUUGUGCAAGGCCUUUGAUCCGCAUCGCAGCAGCGUAUCAUUCAAACCAACUUCAAGACCGCCACAAUACUCCCGCUUGCUGAUGCACAUGUUUUUUCCCCUACUGUAUACAUUCUGCUCAAGCUCUUGUUGCAAUUGGUCGCUAGCAGGUUUUUCAGCAUUGAUAGCUUCUGGCUCACAACAACAUGGCUGUGAUAUGCAUUGCACCCGGCAUUCUUGACAUAUGUACGAAAUGGGGGAACUUUAUGGAGCCUGCGACCAAAGGUGAAGAGCAAGGUGGGUGUUUGCGGUCUAGAUAUAUCUUGUGGAUUGGCGAAAUGAUCAUGCCAAAUUAAUA